AUGCAGGCUGCAGAGAACUCUGAUAGUCUCACUACAUCCUCUCCUCGCAGCGAAUUCCACCAUCUCUUCUCUUCACCGGAUGGCGACAUAGUACUGGGUUCUAAAGAUGGCGUGCUCUUCCGUGUACACUCGUACACGCUCAAAACCACCUCGGGAUGGUUUCGGGCGAUGUAUUCUCUGCCGCAGCGCCCUCUGGACGUGCGCCCUGAGCUCAAGUGUGCGGACGCGACCCCGGACAUCGUCUAUGUCGACGAGGACUCGCAAACACUCGAGGGCCUCCUGCGCAUGGCUUGUGGACUAAGCAUCCCCAAACUCGACUCGUACGAUAUCAUCGAACCCAUUCUCCAUGCUGCGGAAAAAUACGACAUGCCUGGACCGAUGUCCAUCGUACGCGCACUGCUUUCUACCCCGCCCCUGAUGUCCGACCCUCUUCGCCUCUAUGCAGUAACAUGCCGCUAUGGGUGGCAGGACGAGGCCAUGAUGGCGUCUCGGGCCACUCUCACUCUGAACCUGCACUCGCCCGAGCAUCGAAAUACUCUACAGAAGCUCGGGACGGACGCGCUUCUCAGCCUGUUCGCCCUCCACCGAGUGCGGCGCGAGACGCUGAGGAAGAGGCUGGACGACCCGCCGUUCGUCAACGACACCGGCGACACCUCGUGCUCCAAUUGUGGCUCGCUUGUCGACUACCACACCUGGCGCGAGCUCAAGUACGUCAUCAUCAUGGAGAUGGACGCGCGGCCGCUGGGUGACACGGUGUGCAAUCCUGGGCUGCUCGAAUGGCCGGCGGCGCGGGCGUGCUGGAACGCGAAGUGUAUCAGCUGCGAUAGGGUGUUGUACGACAAAACGCUCACGAUGCGGGUCAUCAAGGAGUGCAUAGACCAGCUUCCCACCACGAUCGAGUGA